CCAUAAAACCCGAGAGCCGGCUUGGGGAGCCCGAUCUGAGAAGAUUCCAGGGUUGCUGCUGCUUUACCGAAGCUCCGUGCGUCUGGCUCGCGGCACUCGCGGACCAUCUCGCGCAGCCCAAGCUCUGGGGGAGCCCCAGAGUCCAGAUUGGGGAUCUCAGUCCCCUGUACGCAGCGGAGAUCGCCGCGGCGUUUCUGAGAUGCCCGGGAGAAAGGCGCGUCGGAACGCGCCAUUGAACCCAACGCGGGCAGAGUUACCGCCUGAAUUCGCAGCUCAGCUCAGGAAGAUUGGAGAUAAAGUGUACUGCACGUGGAGUGCACCGGACAUAACUGCGGUUCUGGCGCAGAUGCCUGGCAAGAAGUCGCGAAAGAGCACGAUGAGAAGAAGCCCAAGCCCAACCCGGGUGCCAGCAGACCUGAAGGACGAGUGUGAUCAACUCCGGAGAAUUGGAGACAAAGUGAAUUUACGGCAGAAACUUCUGAAUUUUAUUUCCAAGCUCUUCAAUUUAAUAACCUGAGUCCUUCAUAAACUUUUGCAAGAAGGGACCUCCCAGGAAGGAAGUCCCCCCAGUUGGCCCAAAUGUCUGGUAUUGAAUGGACUGUGAUGAGAGGGAAACACUGGCUUGCUUUUGGUUCCCUGAGCAGGGAGGGGUGAUGAAGGAGACGGAAAUGAGUUUCUUGGGAAAGUUUUUGGUAAUCAUUCUUUGAGAUGUGAUAACGUGAAACCAUGCUUAUUUUUAUUUUUAAAAACAAGAAGAGAGGAGUUGUGGAGGUAGGGAAGUAACUAGUAAUAAUCUGUCUUUUCAGGGUUGUUCUGGUGUUUUUGCCAAAGGUUGUCGUCAAGAAUAAUAGGAGGGGGCAUGAUGAGUGGUUACAUUGUAUCUGGACAGUCAUACAGGAUUGCUUUUUGACAACUCCAGGACAAUGUACUGUUUAGCUCCAUCCUCAUAAUCUUCUAAGAGGAAACAUUUCAUUUUUUUUAUAACACUGAAUAUUAUAGUGAAAAUUGAUUUUAUAGGUCACUACAAGUUUAAUUGUAUUGUGUCUGUUUAGAUGACUUUUAAGUGUGUUACUGUAACCAUUAACUGGAGAGUAUGGGGAGACUAAGUAACUGGGGAAAUUAGAACUAUAGCAAAGUCCAUAGGUACCAGUCUUACAGCUUGAAUAGUAUGUGAUAAAGUGAGAGUUUGGAUUUUAUAUAACCUGAGACAAUGGAGAAACAAACUUUUAGAAGUUGAUGUAAUUAAAACUUAGUAAUUCAUAGGAAGUUUUUAAAAUUUUGUAACCUGCCACAGUUAUUUCUUAGGUGU